AUGGGCGGCGAGUGUGCCCCGGACCAUUGCCGGGAGUGCGGAAGCGCGGACGUGGUGACGGACUUUAGCGCAGGUGACGUCGUGUGUCGCAGCUGCGGCAUGAUCCUCGGUGAGCGCAUUAUAGAUGAUUCCCCGGAAUGGCGGACGUUUGCUAAUGAUGAUCGAGGUGGUGACUCGGCUGCGAAAUCCAGGGUCGGCGACGUCGCGGACGCACGGCUAGACAGUGUCUCGCUGUCCACGUAUUUGGUGGACACAAAGAAAGCUGGUGGCGGCAGUUCGAGUGCUGGGGCUGAGCCUGGCGGGAAACACAAGCGACCGAAUGUCUCGUCGGAUAGUGCCAAAGUGAGGAAGAUGCAGCGCAACAUGACGCGGAUCCAAGAAGUUGCGGACUUUCUGACGCUUCCGAAGAAGAUUGUCGAGGUUGCGUUGGACGUGUACGCUGAAGCGGAGAGACAGGGCGUCAAUAUGCGAGGACCCGAGCGGGACAGUAUGGUUGCUGCCGUGUUGUUUAUCGCGUGUCGAAAAGCUGGCAACGCGCGCUCGCUCAAGGAGUUUGAAGACGCGUCGGGAGUUCCAAAACGACGGAUUGGCAAGUCGUUUAUGAGCUUGCAACGUCGUCUAGAUCUGGAGGUCAAGCAGGCGACAACGGAAGAGUACGUGCAGCGCUUCUGCUCGAGACUUGGUCUGCCGAGUAAGACGCAGAUGAUUGCGCAUGCAGUGGCGAAGAAGGCAGAUAGUUUGGAACUAUCGAAUGGACAACCACCUGUUGCAGUGGCGGCUUCAGUGAUUUACCUCGUGGCCGCGUACACGAAUUCGAAGCGGUCGAUCCAGGAGAUUAGUGAUGUCACGAUGAUUGGCGAGAAGAGCAUGAAGAAAGUGUGCAAGGAGCUGAAUAAGAGUCGCGUGGUGCUUUUUGAAGGUGUGGUGAUGACGUAG